AUAACCAGCAGCUCUAACUGUCAGUGUGCAGCAGCAGCAGCUCGAGGAUCAAUGGUUCAUUCCUCCAUCAGGCUCCGUUUAGUUUGGCGUCAUUUUAUAAACAGUCGAAUGGGAGAAAUGUCCUCCAAAGCGCAGAUGCCAACCCCAGAAACAGCGCUGCCUGGCCGGACUGACAGCAUCAAAGUGUCCGCCAAACACGACGUGAACGGAAACAAGACGGUUCCUCCUUUUCCAGAAGGAACAGAGAUGGUGAUGUUUGGGAUGGGCUGUUUCUGGGGAGCAGAGCGGAAGCUUUGGAGACAGAAAGGAGUUUAUUCCACCCAGGUGGGCUACACGAUUUAA